GUUCACUGACAAGGUGGCCCAGCGCUAACUUUACGGUCGAGGCAGUGCUUAUGGACGUCGUCGGGCCUGAGAAUGUACUAUGAUUUCAUAAAUCAAGCCGGCGCGCCCUCAAAUACACGGUAGCACGGUUAUGCAAACUUCUAACAAUGAACACUGUGGCUGUCAUUACGCUCGCGGCGCUGGUCAUUUGCUGGAAAUCAGCUGUUUCUCAGCAGACCAAUCCCCUGAAUGGAAAUCCAGGUGCAGCAAUUCCCGGCUCGCGAAUCGAUAUCUCUGUGUCCGCGCUGCUGCAACGGGCCAUAAGCCUAGAUACUACCAAUUCAAAAUACGAUGCGGUGUGGUGGGUUGUGCUCUCCUGGCAAGACCCAACCGCUGGAGACGAGGUGCUCGCGCGGACGGGCAGCGUCGCAUCGACCCCAUGCGCUCGCGGCUGCGACAGCAACGGCCUGCUUAGCAGCGGCUGCUGCGAUAGCAUCUGGCUGCCGUCCGUCGAGCUUCCUAACCUGGUCGCGUAUGACCAGGACCAACUAGUGCGCUACCAUAUCAACGCCAACGCCACCAGCGGCACCGUGACCUGGUCUACCCGCCUGGUCGGCACGUGGUAUGCCCCACUUGACUUCCGUGCUUACCCCUUUGACCACCAGCACCUGCUGAUGGAGAUGGCCAUAGCGGACAGCCAGUCGCACGCGGUGGGGCUCAAGUGGGAGCACGUGGCCAAGCUCAACAACACCGCACACACCAAGGGUGCUGACCUGGCCGGCUGGCGGGUCAAGUGGGCCAAGGGCAAGAUCUACGAUAGCCGGGGCUGCCAGCUGGCGUUCGGGGUCACUGCGCCGCGGUACGACGGAGUGGAUGCGGCCGCGCUGGACGCAGUGGCGGGCGGCGGCAGCAGUAGCAGCAGCAGUGCCGCCAACGGCACCUCGGCGCUGGUUGCGACAGGCGGCACAGUGGCCGCCGGCAAUGCUAACAGUAAUGCCAACAGCAGCAGCAGCGGUGGCGGCAGCGACAGCGGCGUCGUGCGGUACGUGUCAAUCGCCAUACCCGACCGCUACUUCCCCGACAACGCCGGCGUGGGCACCACGGAGCCGAGCGACUGCGGCGCGCACACCACCCUGUACGACGAGGCGCGGGCGCUGUACGGCCCCAUCGUGCUGGUGGCGGAUAUCAUGGUCAAGCGCGUGUCUUCCUACUUCCUGCUGACCAACCUGGUGCCGGUGCUGGUGGUGUCCCUGGCCUCGCUCGUGUCCUACUGCAUGCCCUGCGCCGCGCUGGGCGAGCGCAUAGGCGUCAUCACCACCAUGAUCCUGUCGCUGACGGCGCUGCAGUUCGUGUUCGACACGCCGCCCGCCAACUACAUCAACGCGCUGCAGAGUGUCGUUCUGGCCUCCUACCUGCUGAUGGCCAUUGCGGUGCUGGAGGCGCUGGUGGUGAACCGCCUGGUCAACCUCAGCAGCACACUCACCAACAAGCGCUCGUGCGUGCGCAAGUACAGCACAUUGCUCAGCUCCAGGCAGCGCAGCCGGCCCUCCUCCUCCCUGCCCAGCGGCCCCUACGGCGGUGGCAAACGCUCCGCCACCUCCGCCGCCUCCUCCCUAGACCGGCGGCUGGCGGCGGCGCUGGCGGCGGCGGCGGCGGCGGCUGGCGGUCACUUGGAUGACCCUGAGGCGGGCAAGGCGGGACAGGCCGGCCCCAACCCCUUCGCCAAGCCGCGGCCGCGCUCUCACGGCGGCUCCAGCAACGGCAGCGUCAGCGCCAGUGUGAGUGAGGGGAAGCGGCAGCUGCAGCAGCGGAGGAAGGCGGCUGUGGAGGUGGCGGCGGCUGUGGGCCCGCCGCCGGGAGACGAGGAGGCAGGGCUGGGCACGCAGGGCCGGGCAGUGGUGUUCGCGGCACAGCCAGGCCAGCGCGUACUGGGCAGCAGCAGUGGUGGCGGCGGCGGCGGCGGCGGUGGCGGCGGCGGCGGCGGCGGCGGUGUGGUGGAGCUCAUGGCGGCGGCGCCAGCGGCACCUGCACCUGCCGCGCCCGCCGGCCUGGCCGCACCCGCCACAUUGGGCCGGAGCACCUCCGCCGCCGCCGCCACCUUCCCGAGCACUGCCGUAACGGCCGCAACCGCGACGGUUGGCGCCGCCGCCGUGAACCCCCUGUACGACAGGUCCGUGUCAUGCAGCGUCAUGAAUGCUACAGCCGGCACAUACCCCACAGACGCAGCGGGCAGCGCUGCUGCCACUGCCGCGCCGCGCGCCGACGCGAUCAGCGUCAGCGGCAGCCUGCCAACGCACGCGCGGAUGCUACCGCCGUUGCCGCCGCCGCCGCAGCUGCCUGUCUCUACCGCAUCUUCGGCCGGGUCAGCGCUAUUGCCGCCAGCCGCCGGCACCGUGGGUCCAGUCGGCUACGCAGCUGCCGCCCUCGCAGAGCUGGCGGCGGUCUCGGAGCACCCCACACUGCCGCUGCCGCCCUCGCCACACCAGCAGCAGUACCAGCAGCAGCAGCAGCAGCACAAGAGCUGGCACACGGCGGCUGCUCCCGCGGCCGCAAGCUGGCAGGGGGGGCCUGGGCCCGUGGCGGAGGCUGCGGAGGACUACGAACCCAUGCCGCAGCACCCGCAGCAGCAGCAGCAGCCGGUGCCAGCCUCUCGACAGCUGCUACUCGCAGACGCCGCGGCCGGGGGCUCCGUCGCCGCCUCCGCACAGCCCCUCCUGGCGGGGGCCAGGAAUCCCACCGGCGCGGGUGCUACUGCCGGGCCGCGCGGCCCCACCUUCCACCGGCUCGCCGGCUCCAGCAGCGCCGCCGCCACCACCAUCCCCACCGCUGCUACAGCCGCUGCCGGCGCCGCCGCCACCGCCGCCGGCCUCAACCUGCUCCACCAGCGUUCGCUGGAGCUGGACGCAGCCGCCGGCUCUGCCGCGGCGGCGCCGCCGCCGCAGCCCAUUUGGCGCCGCAGCAACCGCGUGGCCGGCCGAGGAGGUGCUGCGGGUGGCGGUGGCGUGACAGGAGGUGGUGGCGGCGCCGGUGGUGGCGGCCGGGCGCAGGCGGCGGCGGGCUGGCUGGCGGCGUGCUGGGGCGGCGUCCGCGGCGGCUGUUGGGCGGCGUGUGAGGGGCCGCUGGAGUGGUACUCCAACGUCAAGGAAGACCCCGAGCUGGCCAUGUAUGUGGCGGUGCGCAUCGACAAGUGGACGUGCGGCGUGACCUUCGUGCUGUACGUGGUGUGCGUCACGGUGCUGCUGUGGUUCAUGACGCAGGUGGGCGACCACAAGCUCAUGCUGGGGGACCGGCCCGGCAACAUGUGAGCCAGCAAGCACCAGGCCCGAAGCACCGGACCCUGGGGCUGGCGGCUACAAACGUGAUGUGUAUAAUGGCCGUGACCCCAGAGUAAAGUGGGCUGUGAUCCUGCUGGUAAGGUAACUGUUGAGAGCUGCUGUCCAUCAUGUUCGUAUAGCUUGUACGGUAACCUCUUGCAAUGGAUGGCAAGGUGACCACUGGGGAAUAUGCGGGGAGUAUGUGGGGUGGGUGGCGCAUUGUGCGGCAGGGGUGUUGCGCGGCUUGGUUGGGUUCGUAUGGGAAACCAGGUUUCAUAGGGGAAUGAUGUGAACAAUUGAUAAUGAAUGCACGUGCCUGGAAUCGAGAUCCAUCGUCGGAGGCAAUGUCAAAUCUAUUGGCUAGCCGGAUGGGCAUUGAUUGGCGGCUUGCAUAAGUUGACCCUCGUAGCCAGUCGCAGCAAAACAGAAUCGAAACGGCGCUUUGCAUCUUGUCUUGGUUGGAUUCGCGGUCUUUAUGCACGGUGGCUUAAGGCAUGCAGGCAUUCAUCAGGCGUGGUCUUUCAUGCGCCUAACUCAGCGGCUCGGGAACCGUGUGCCCCAGAAUGGCACCUGUUGUGGUGGCUGUCGAUGUGGGUGCUGUGUGGGUACGGUGCAAGGGCUGCUUAGCUUGCAACACAGUGUGGUGCAUUAGGCAAGUGUGUCUGCAUUAUUUCCUGCUCGCAGCUUGCGUGUGAGCCUGUGGUCUGCAUGCAACCAGGAUGCGCCUAACUAAUCGGCUCGGGAACCGUGUGCACCAAAAUGGCACCUUCGUGGUGGCCGUGGGUGUGGGUACGGAUGUUGGGCUUGGUCAAUGGCGGAGCCCAGUGAAGAUUGGGAAUCGCGCGCAGAGGUAGUGGUCUCUGUUCUCACCCUCCGGGCCCUGUGUGUCUUGCUUGAGGGCACUAAGCCCACCACCAGGCCCCGCUCAAUGUAGCACAAUACCGUAUCCUUCUGAGGCGCGAGGCGGAUCAUUGUUUGGCGCUGUUGCUGACACUACCGAUGCAGAAUGCAAUGCGUUGUGAUGGGUUGUGCUCUCUUGGCCACUGGAGCAA